AUGGCAGACGAAACCGUCCAGGUGGGAUCGCAGAUGAAAUAUCUGGGUCUCGUCAUCGAGAGUCAGUGGACGUUCGAGCCACACUUCGAUUGCCUGAUUCCGAAAGUGUCGGUGGCUGCUAAUGCCCUGAGCGGCCUGCUACCGUACAUCGGCGGAGGAGAAGACGCGGUGCGCCGAUUUUACGAGAGCGUCAUUCUGUCCCGAGCGAUGUACGGGACCCCGGUAUGGGCGGACGACCUGUUGGCGAGCUGCCGCAGCAUCCUGCUCCUGAGGAGGCUACACGAGAGAUCGCAUCUCAACAGAGAUCAAAAUUUGUCAAGAGAGGAAACUAAUUAUCCUGCUAAUGAGUCGUCGAGCGACGUCGAAGACCAAGAGAACGAGAUCGAUGCUUGA